AACGAGGCGCUGGUGGUUUCAGGGGGCUGUUGUGGUUCCGACUAUAAACAGUAUGUGUUUGGCGGCUGGGCCUGGGCCUGGUGGUGUAUCUCCGACACUCAGAGGAUUUCCCUAGAGAUUAUGACGUUGCAGCCCCGCUGCGAGGACGUAGAGACGGCCGAGGGGGUAGCUUUAACUGUGACGGGUGUCGCCCAGGUGAAGAUCAUGACCGAGAAGGAGCUCCUGGCCGUGGCCUGUGAACAAUUCCUGGGCAAGAACGUGCAGGACAUCAAGAACGUUGUCCUGCAGACCCUGGAGGGGCACCUGCGCUCCAUCCUCGGGACCCUGACGGUGGAGCAGAUUUAUCAAGACCGGGACCAGUUUGCCAAGCUGGUGCGGGAGGUAGCAGCCCCUGACGUCGGCCGCAUGGGCAUCGAGAUCCUCAGUUUCACAAUCAAGGACGUGUAUGACAAAGUGGACUAUCUGAGCUCCCUGGGCAAGACACAGACUGCCGUGGUACAGAGAGAUGCUGACAUCGGAGUGGCCGAGGCCGAGCGGGACGCAGGAAUCCGGGAAGCCGAAUGCAAGAAGGAGAUGUUGGACAUAAAGUUCAUGGCAGACACCAUGAUUGCUGACUCCAAGCGAGCCUUCGAGCUGCAAAAGUCAGCCUUCAGUGAGGAGGUCAACAUCAAGACAGCUGAGGCCCAGCUGGCCUAUGAGCUACAAGGGGCCCGUGAGCAGCAGAAGAUCCGGCAAGAAGAGAUUGAGAUCGAAGUUGUGCAGCGCAAGAAGCAGAUUGCAGUGGAGGCACAGGAGAUUCUGCGCACAGACAAGGAACUCAUUGCCACGGUGCGCCGCCCCGCUGAGGCCGAGGCCCACCGCAUACAGCAGAUCGCUGAGGGCGAGAAGGUGAAGCAGGUCCUCUUGGCACAGGCAGAGGCUGAGAAGAUCCGCAAACUUGGGGAGGCAGAGGCAGCAGUCAUCGAGGCCAUGGGCAAAGCAGAGGCAGAGCGGAUGAAACUCAAGGCUGAGGCCUACCAGAAAUACGGGGAUGCAGCCAAGAUGGCCUUGGUGCUGGAGGCCCUGCCCCAGAUUGCUGCCAAAAUCGCCGCCCCACUAACCAAAGUUGAUGAGAUCGUGGUCCUCAGUGGGGAUAACAGCAAGGUGACCUCAGAAGUAAACCGACUGCUGGCCGAGCUGCCUGCCUCUGUGCAUGCCCUCACAGGCGUGGACCUAUCUAAGAUACCACUGAUCAAGAAAGCCACCGGUGCACAGGUGUGAGGUCCCGAAGACCCACACCCAUCAGCAGCAGCCACCCCUCCUUCAGCACCCGUUUUAAAACCACAGGGACAACGGGAACGUUUCUGACUCUGGUGCCUUAUUUUAUAGGGACCAGAAGUGCUGCGUGCUCAGGCCUCUGGCUGUCUUCCCUUGUCCUCUACCCCACACCCUCACUUUCACUGCCACAUUCAUCUUGUUUGUCUCUUUCACCCUCAUCCAAUGUACGUCUCUUCCUUUGUCCAUUUGUCUUUCUCUCCCUCUUUCCUCCCACCCUCUGCACACAUCAUGUAGUUUAAGCUGAAGAUGUUUGUUAUAAUCACUGUCUGUCUGUGGAGGGUGGCCCUGCUGCUCCUCCGAAUCCUGGUGCCUUGAAGUUUUCUGUGCAUCUGUCCGUUCCUCCUGUGUCCCUGGCUAGAGCUUCAGCGUAGGUGCAGGGGGUCUGGGUAGGACGGACACUCUGCCUUCUCCUGGCCUGGUCUUCCCAGCCCUAAACCUGCCCCCAGCCUCUCCCACUCCAACCCAUCUCAGCCCAGGUAGCUGCAGCUGCAGGCCCAGGGCCAUCGCCUCUCACUUCCCCCCUGCCUGGCCCCAGGCCUGCUCUCAUACCUUACCUCUCUCUCCCCAGCCCGGGGCACAGAGGCGAGGCCUCCUGUGUAUAGCAACUCCCUCAGUUUACUACUGCCUUAGGAGGCCCUGCUUGUGCUCAGGAAAGUCCCCUUCACGGACAUGUCCCUACUAGGUGGAGUGGGACUUGGUCCCAACUCUGCUAAGCCUUUCUGGGAUCAGGAUCUAGCCCGUCUAGGGACUAGAAAGUGUAUAGACCCUCUUCCUACUAGGGCUGUGCCAUCCUAGGUAUCGGGCUGGGCCCUUCCUGUGGGCAAAGCUGUGCAACCCUAUACGGAGUCUAGUGCUGGAGACUGGCCAGACUCUAUACCCUUUGUGCCAUCUUUCUUCCUGGCCAGAGUGAUAGGGUUCCAGCCAUUGGGAAGCAGCCCAGUCCUCUGUCUCCUUGCUGUAGUGGAGGCAGAAGAGCCCAGGGCCCAAGCAUCCUGGCAGGGGUGCUGUGGGUGUCCUAUGGUCCCAGUUCCCCACCCUUUGCCCCACCCCAGCCUGUGUAGCUGUUCCUGCAUGUGGAUGCUGCAUGUCUGGUCUGGGGCUUGGAUGCUGCACUGCCCCGCUGCCUGUCCCUUCUGUUAAAAUAAAGAUCUGGUUAUGCCCACA